UUAGGUUACAAAUAUUUCUAUCGAAAUAAGAAUCCGGUAUUUUGAAUGAAGGCAGAAGAUAAUUAAUCAAGAUUAAUUUCUUAUAACAGUAUGUCAUUACUUUUUACUAAAUUAAGUAAUAUUCAAUGCUAUCGGUGUACGAGAAAUAUGUUUUUUAGUCGAAUAAGUAGAUAUUGUACGAAUAAGACAGGAAGCGAUUCUACUAGUCGAAAAGAGGAGUGGCCUCGUCGUGUAGUGACGGGCUUGCAACCGACGGGCUCACUUCACAUUGGAAACUAUUUUGGCGCAGUGCGUCGCUGCGUACGCCUUCAGGAGCAAGGCGAGGACCUCAUGAUAUUCAUAGCAGACCUACAUGCGCUAACUACUCACCAGGAUCCCUCGGAGUUGCAGGACAACGUGUUGGAGCUUACAGCAUGCCUAUUAGCUAGUGGCAUAGAUCCGUCUCGCAGCAUACUGUUCCUGCAGUCGGCGGUGGCACGGCACUCGGAACUGUGCUGGCUGUUGACUUGCCUGGCCACCCACGCGCGCCUGGCGCACCUGCCGCAGUACAAGGAGAAGGCGGCGCGCAUGAAGGAGGUGCCGCUGGGCCUGCUGCUGUACCCGGUGCUGCAGGCCGCGGACGUGCUACUGUACGGCGCCACGCACGUGCCUGUGGGCGCCGACCAGCUGCAGCAUUUGCAGGUCGCUUCGCAGCUGGUGCGGACCUUCACGCACCGCUACGGACCUGCCUUCCCUACACCCAAGCCCAUGUUAUCUGAUGACUGCAGUGAACGACUACGAAGUUUGCGUGACCCAAGUAAGAAGAUGUCUAAAUCUGACACAGAUCCUAAAUCACGCAUUCUCAUGACUGACUCCGAUGAAACCAUCGAGUUGAAAAUCAGGAAAGCUGUCACUGACUUUACGCCACAGGUUACAUACGAGCCCGACACGCGGCCGGGGGUGUCGAAUCUCGUAGCGAUCCACUGUCUAGCAGAAGACAAGUUGCCCGAGGAAGUGGUGGAGGAAGCGGACGGGCUCAGCACGGCGCAGUACAAGCGCGUGGUGGCGGCGGCGUUGCAACGCGCAGUCGGGCCCGUGCGCGACAGAGCGCGCGAGUUGCGCGCCCAGCCCGACCUGCUGCGCGACGUGCUGCGCCACGGCGCCGCGCGCGCCCGGCCGCGCGCCGACGAGGCCUACGGGCGCGCGGCGCGGCUGGUGGGGCUGGCGCGCUAG